CGCUCCCAUAAGUCUUUGCGACUAUUCUGCGUCUUUCUGAUUGGUUGAGUUUAAAAUACAAAACCGCGGUGGAUAAUCAAAUGUUCGGAGUACUGCGAUCGGCAUAACUUGUUUCAAUGGACAUUAUUGUACACAUUCUGUCAAGAACCCGAAUAUAAAAGCCAGUGAGGAAAAUGAUGGAAUCAUGUUUAAAUUAUAAACCCGAAAGGGUGACUGCUAUAACUGUUGAAGAUCUCAAGAAGGAUUUGCUGGACGACUUUUCCAAUAUUUCAACAUUAUCUCAGGAGUCACUAUCAGACAAAGAACACUUGCAGGUGUACCUUCGCGUAAGGCCAUUUACUAACGCUGAACAAGAAGCUGGAGAAUCUCAGCAAUGUGUAGAAGUUGAGGGUCCAGACACAGUGGUGCUGAAGGCACCCAGAACAUCUCUGUCGGCCAGGCUCAGCGAGAAGCCGGUGCAGACGGCUCAGAGGUUUCGUUUCUCUCAGGUGUACGGGCCGGACACCACCCAGCGACAGAUGUUUGAUGGAACUGCCAAAGGCCUGGUGAAAGAUGUUCUAGAGGGUGGAAACUCCCUCAUCUUUACUUAUGGAGUGACCAAUGCUGGGAAGACAUUUACAUUUCUAGGGCCUGAGGCUGAUGGUGGGAUAGUGCCACGGUCCCUGAGGGUGAUUUUCCAAAGCAUUGAAGGUCGCAUCUACACACAGAACAACAUCAAGCCCCACAGGUGUAUGGACUUCACCAGACUCACCAAAGAUCAGCAGGACGAGGAGUUCACCAGCAAGAAAAACCUACUGAGACGCCUGAAAGAGACUGACGCUCAGAAGAGCCUCACGUGUAAAACCUUUUUGGAAGGUUCAACCUCUAGUGAUAUUGACAUGCAGGGGGAGGAAGAGUGUGUCAGUUUGGAGGGCGACUCAAACACAAAGUACUCAGUGUGGGUGUCCUUCUGUGAGAUCUACAACGAGACCAUUCAUGACUUGUUAGAGGUCCUGCCAAAUGGCCCAGUGAGGAGAACAACCCUCCGUCUCUCACAAGACGUGAAGGGAAACACUUUUGUCAAAGAUCUCAAAUGGAUUCAAGUAAACAAUGCGGAGGAGGCUUACAGAGUGUUAAAAAUCGGACGGAAGAACCAGAGUUUCUCCUCCACAAAGCUCAACAAUGUCUCCAGCCGAAGCCAUAGCAUAUUCUCCAUCCGCAUUCUGAGAAUCGAAGAUAUUGGUGUGCCUCGAGUCCUGACCAUUAGCGAGUUGUCCUUAUGUGACCUGGCUGGCUCGGAGAGGUGUGCAAAAACCCAGAACAAAGGUGAGCGUCUGAAAGAGGCGGGGAACAUCAACACAUCGCUGCUGACUCUGGGGAAAUGCAUCACUGCACUCAGGCUCAACCAGACACAGCCAAAAUACCAGCCACACAUCCCCUUCCGGGAAAGCAAGCUCACUCACUACCUUCAGGGCUUCUUCUGUGGGCGGGGCAAAGCCUGCAUGAUCGUCAACAUCAACCAGUGCGCCUCCAUGUACGACGAGACACUCAACGUCCUCAAAUUCUCCGCUGUUGCACAGAAGGUGGUGGUUCUGACCACACGGCCCGCUGUACCUAAGCGGGAGAAGUCUGGCAGGGAGGUGUCGUUCAUAAUCAACGAUGCCGAUCGGCGCCACCUGUGGGCCAAGCGGAGGAGCACACUCAUGGCCUGGGAGACCACGCUGGAGGAUGUGCAGGAGGACGAGGACGACGAAGAGGAGAUGGAGGACGAGGAAGAGGAGGAGGAUGAGGAAGAAGAAGAAGAUAGUGCUGAUGAGACGGUGGCUGAGGGCACCGUCCUGGAGGCUGGAGAUGAAGAUGUGUGUGAGGCCCAGCGUGCCGUGAUCCAGCAGCUGAAGGCCAAGCUGACCCAACAGCAGGAAGAGAACCUGGCUCUGGAGUCUCGCAUCCGGGAGGAAGUGACCUCCGAGUUCAUGGAGCUCUUCUCCAAAAUGGAGAGUGACUACAAUGAGCGUCUUCAGAAGGAGAAGGAAAUCAUCGAGGAGCGGGCAGAACGGCGGCUGGAGAUCCUGAAGGACCUGGUCAAGAAGAACGCCAGCGAGUUUGCCGCAGCGUCCACAGAGGAUGCAACAAAGGAGGAGUUCAUGGACAGCUUGAUCGAGGCCAUGCGUAGUGACCUGGCUAAGAUCAAGCGUGAUGCCGCCGAGGUGCAGACCUGCCUGGUGACGGCCGAGUCACCGGCAGCCACAGCCGGCCUCCGCAAGCAGGUGGACGAACUGGCCGAGGAGCUCCUUACUAGCCAGCAGCUUCUAGGCCUCAAGACCAGCGAACUGGAGAGCGUCAAAGCCCAGGCAGAGAGGACCAAUGAGAAGCUACAGGCGGUUCAAGAGAGUUACGAGGGUCAGACAUUGAAAGUUCAGGAGCUCAUGGGCAUGUGUCAUGAGAAAGACGCCAUGAUCGCCAAACUGCAAGAGACUCUGGACCACAGCAUAGAGACCACUACCAACGAUAGAUAUUUGAUUAACGCGAUCAGAGAGGAAAUCUUACACUUCAAGCAGAAUUGUCGGUGCAGCCCGGCCGAGGGCGGUGCGGAUGCCUGUGACCGGAACAAAGACGCCCGCUGGGGUCCAGACAGCACCCCCAGGGGGGUUGACUGUCAGGCAGCAGACGACAGCGAAAAGCUACGCGCUGAAGUGGAGCAGCUGCUGGCGGAGGCCAAGGCCAAAGACGAGCGCCUGGACGAGCUCGGGCGGAAGCUUUUCUCGCUGGAGCAGAGCGUCCAGGAGCAGACCGCCGCGCUGGCCGACGAGGUGCAGCUCCACGAGGCCGCCCUGGCCUCGCUCGACAGGGAGCGGCUGGAGAUGGCCUCGCUAGAGGCCGAGAGGAACGCGCUGGCCGAGGAGCGCAAAAGGCUGCGGGUGGAGACCGGCGAGCUGACCUCCAAGGUCGUCGCUGGAGGAGACCGGCAGGCCGAAGAGGAAGAAGCCAAGGAGGAGCACGAAGAGGAGGCCCUGAAGAAGUCCAAGGCGGCCGCCACGUUGGAGCAGGAGGUCGAGAGGCUCAAGGAGAAAGCCAAACUGGACGCGAGCAAGACAAAAGAAGAGGUGGCACGACUCCGAGAGGAGCUUCAAGUGGUCCGUGCGCAGGCCAAGGAGCACGAAGAGGAGGCCCUGGAGAAGUCCAAGGCGGCCGCCGCGUUGGAGCAGGAGGUCAAGAGGCUCAAGGAGAAAGCCAAACUGGACAAAUCCCAGGACGGUGGUCAGACAUUCAGCGAAGCCCUGCACGGCCUCAAGGAGGAGUGUGAGAACCUUGCCAGGACAUCGCUGACCAAGAACGAGCGCAUCAAGGAGCUGGAGCGCGAGCUGAAAGAGGCCCACUCGCAGCUCCAGCAAAUGGAGGAGGUCUGCGGGGAGCUGGAGCAACUCUGCGACCAACAGCAGGGCGAAGCCGGGACCCGCCAGGCCCAGCUGGAUAUCGCGCUACUGGACCUGGAAGACGGCACAAAGCGUCACGCUGAGCUCCAGAAGGAGGCCCAGGGGCUCAGGGAGCAGCUAGCCCACGUGGAGGAGGAGCGGCUCGUUGCUGCCAGAGAGGCAGGGGAGAGGGUGGCCGAGCUGGAGAGGCAGCUGCAGGAGGCCGAGACCCUGAGGCAUGGCCUGGAGGAGAAACUGAAGGGCCUGCAGAGCCAGAAUGGAGAUGAGCAGAGCCAACAGGACCGCAGCGGAGUGGCCACAGCGGAGUUGGAGGAAGCUCUUGCUCAGCAGAAAGCCAACAUGGAGACCGUAACAAGAGAACUCUCAGACCGCAAAGAACAGGUGAAGGAGAACUUGAAAGUCAUCAAAAGCCUUGGCCAAGAUCUGAAGCUGAAGGAUCGAGACAUCUCAUGGCUGAGAGAACAACUGCGAGAUCGUGAAUCGGAGAUCGAGCAACUGCUAUACAAAAUAAGCCGGAUCAAUGACGAGAACAGUACCUUGCAACGUCGACUCAGCGACACAGAGAGAAUCAAGAAUGAGACCCUGAGCGACCUGAGGCUGAAAGAUCAGACGAUUCUCCAGCUUAAGACUGAUCAGCCUAGCUACGUCCAAUUGGCAGAAGGUCCCCAUCAAUCCCCGAAAGUCGAUCGAGAUCUUCCAGCUAAGGAGCGGUUCAUCCAGGACUUGCGGUCGGCAUUGUCAGACCAGAGGGUGCCGGCUGAGCAGGAGCAGCUGUUGGAGGCCAAGCUGAGGGAGAUCGAGUCUCUCACGUCAGAGCUGCUGAAUCUGAAGGAGCGUUGUCCACAGGAAGGCCCCUCACCGAGCUUGAGGGUUGGGAGUGGAGAGCUCUCAGACAUGAGGCCAGACGAGACUAGCCGAGUUAAUAUGGAGAACAUCAUGAGGGUCCCUAAUGAGAAGGGUGAAUCUACGCUGGAGGAAGCACCCGGACGUUGGUCGGCCCUCUCCACAGAUCCAUCCAGGGGGGAGGAGGGGCAACAGAACCCUCUGGAGGACCCCCAGCAAGAGAAGCUUCUCACUGAUGUGUGUAUCCCUGCAACCCCUGUGUCAGUGGCAGAAGAAGAGGGGUCAAGGUCCGAGGAAAAACAUGAGGGCACGGCGGCAACCACCCCCAAAUCAGAGAGCGAGAACACCAAGGAGGUCAGCACUGAGCUCCACUCCAGACUCGCAGAGCCCCUGGGAGAUACCACCUCCCUGACACAAGAGGCCUCGGUUCUGGACUCGUCCGAGGGGAUCUGGGGCAGCUCCGUGGCCCGGCGGCUCCACAACCAGUCGGACCUGGACAUCAGCUUCACCCCGCCGACGGAACGCAUCAACAGGUGGGUCCAGUGGGGCAGCGAGGAGCGGCCCAAGCCCUCGCCCAAACAGAACCGGCCGCGGCGCACUUCCCGUAAGAGGAGGAAACCAGCGGAGGGGCAAGUACAGUCUGAGAAUAGAAGUGAGGAGGACCAAACCAAAAAGACCACGCCACUGAAAAGACUUUCCCAGAUGAAUCAUCAAGAGUCCCCCACUGUUCUGGGCAAGGCGGCCAGUGAAAUCAGGCAGCAGGGGUCUCCGGCCUGCCAGAAGAACAAAGGCCCUCAUGGACGCGACUUUCAGACGGGCGGCCACUCUACUCAGCCCUCCUCGGCUGUCCUACGCAGCAAAGUGAAGAGCACAUCGUCCAGCAAGUCUCCAGAGCCUCCGAGUGCAACCCAGGCCGGCAGGCCCCGCCGGACCAAGCGCAAGCUCUACAAGGCCGACACCUCCACGCCCCUGGACUUCGGCAGCCCUCCCGUGGUGGUCGCUGAUCGAGACGACAAGGAGAGCGAUCACUUGAUCAUCAAGCGGAAACUCAGGACGAGAACGGCAAAGAUCUGAGUCUGGUCAGAGUUUUAACAGUGUACAGUACAGGCUUCUGUGUUUGUGUUUUUAUGUAAAAAAAAAAAAAAAUCCAAAACGUUCAACAUUUUGGUGUUUUCUUUUCAGUAAACUCAAAAACAAACCA